AUGGAGAACUUGGAGCCGCUGGCCAAAGACGAAGGAGUCAAGAAGCCCGGUGCCUCGCUCACGGAGUACUUCAAGCAGCUGAAAAAGAAGCAUCGGGGUGGCUACGAGGAGGGGGACGACCGGCGCAUCGUUCCAGCGCACGAGUUCGUGGCUGCCGAAAACCCGGCCGAGGUCCUGAUCAAAGCGCACCAGUUGAACCUCGACGCCCCCGGCUCCGAGCCGCUCCGAGGCCAUCCGUUCACCACGCAGGAGAUCCGAGACUUCUGCGGCGACCUCAAGGUGCUCGGGAAGGGGGAGCUGGCGCAGCUCCUCAAGUGGCGCACGAAGCUUCUCCGAGAGCAAGAGAAGAAGGAGCGAGAGGCACAGAAGAAAGCCAACGAGGAUCCCAGCACUUUGGCGCUCCGGGCCAAAGCCAAGGUCCAGGCCACGCAGGCUGCAGCCAAGAAGGCCGUGGAUCGGGGCCUGGCUGCGGACGUGGACGAUGCCAUCGCCAAGUUCCUCGAUGGCGGCGAAGAUGCAGAGCUGAAAGGCGCGGCCGCUGCGGCGGCGGAGGAGGCUAGCACUGAGGAUGAGGAGGAGGACGAUCGGCUGGAGCAGCAGCUGAAAGACCAGAUCGAGAAGCGCCGCAAAGAAGACCGCAAGGAGGCAAAGCGGAUGAUGGACCGGCAGCGGAAGCAGGAGUGGCGGAAGAAGAUGAGUUUGGCCACCGGCCGGGGAACCCCCGACGAUGCCUCCGAGCUCUUCAAAGUCACGGACAGGUCCGUGCAGGCUCUGCAGGAGGACUCGGCGCUUCCCGACGAUUGCAUUAGCGAGGAUCUCUCCGAUGAGCCCAAGGAGGUCCAAGAGAGCAGUGACUCCGAAGCCGACGACGAGAUGGACCGGCUGGCGCGGAUGGAGGUGGACCUGGCCUUGGACCACGAGCUCCGAAAGGCCGAGCUCCUCCACAAGCAUCGCAACUCCACGCAGCGGGCCGCGCGAAAGAAGAAGGAGACUCGACGGCAGCGCGUGAUGCAGGCUUGGGCCGGUGAGCUCACGGCCUUCAACGACGCCUUGCAGGGCGAGGCCAAGGCCCAGGCGUUGGAGACUGCGGAUCAGGAUGCCUUGGAAGACGGCUCGGGCUCGGACAGCGAGGAGGACUUGAAGGCUCUCCGGGACUUUCAAGCGAAGCUGGAAAAGGCGGAGGACAGCGACGCAGAGGGCUUGGAUGCCGAUGCCCUUGCAGCGCUUGCCGAGGGCCCAGACGGGGCGGAGGAGGAGGGCGGCAACCAUCCAGUGGAAGACUUUCAAGGAUCCGCUCCCCGCAAGAAGGAUGCCAAGGAGAAGCUUCAGAAGGGCCGCGAGCAGCGCUCGCAGGGCCGCCAGCAGGCCUUGGAAGAUGGGGCUGGCGAGACCGCCCUGGUGCCCGUGGACGAGGAGGAGGUGACUCGCGGCGAGCACCGGGCCUUCCGUUGGUUUAGUCAGGACAUCUUCUCGGGCCUCGCCUCCAAGCCUCGAGGAGCUCAGGAGUUGGAGGAGGCGCUUGCAAGGGUUGGGGCCGGGCGUUGCCGGGUGCUUUGGCAGUUGCGCACCGCGAGUGCCUUUGCUUUUGUUUCCGGGCUCGAGGGAAGGGGACGGCUCUCCAAAGGCCAUCUUGCAGCCCGCCUGCGGCGGCCCUUAGAAGACUUCGAGAUGCUGCUAUCCGUGGCGCUAGCGCUGGCUUGGCGCUGCCUGGCGGCCGAGGCGGCCCCGGUGACCUUCAAGGUUGGUUUCGGUGAGCCCGUGGCUUCCGUUGGGCCGCAUCUUGCUGGGAGCUUUCAAGGCUGGGACCCGGCGACGACAAGUCUCGCAGAUAGUGAUAUGAAUGGGAUUUACGAGGUGACCAUGGACUUGGCUCCCGGUUCCUACGAGUUCAAGUUUCUAAACGGCAACUCCUGGGACCAGGCAGAAGCCGUGCCCUCCAGCUGCAGCGAGGCUACUAGCGGCAUGAUGAACCGCAUUGUCGUCGUGGAGGAUGCAGACGCACCGCUGGAAGUGCACGUCUGCUUCCAGGAGUGUCUACCCUGUGCUGCACUGCCGGCUUGCAAGAUGUUCAACUGCCCGCCUGGCCUCGUGCUCCGGGGAGGCAGGUUGGACGUGCCCGGAGCAUCCUCCGCAUGCUGUGAGGCCGUGGAGGAAGGGAAGGGUGCCCUUGUUGUGCGCAGCUCGGCCUUCUCCGAUGGAAAUUGGGCAGAAUUCUGGAUGAAUGGAGUGCUGCUCUACGGCACUGGCACUCGUGGCUUGACAGUUCUGGAGCUGGAAGAUGACUUGGUGAAGCAUGCUGAAACCUUUGACACUUACCUCAGCUCCAGUGACUUGGAAGGCUACUUGUCCUCUGUGGCGGUGGGUAACUUGGUCUUGAUGGGUAUCGUCGAUGAGGGCUCCGCGCAGCUGAGUGUUGCGGCGAAGGCAUUGAUCGCCAGCUGCGGAGCCCAAAAGAUCGAGGAAGUGGCUUUCAGGAGCUCGUACGCACUCAUCGGCCGGAAAGGUGGGUCCGAAGCGCUGUCAGAGGUGGUCCUGCCAGAAUUCGCCGGGACGAGUGUUGCAGUUGCGCAGGUGACAUUGCAAACUACCACGACGACCACUCUAGCCCCAUCGCCCGUAUCACCAGUUGCUUUCUGUGACAUGAAGGUGGCAGAACCUCCCAUGUCGGGGAAGUUGGCGUUGGAUGGAAACUUGGAGCUGGAUGCUGGAUGCCGAUUCCGCGUUUGGGAAAGCCCCGAGAUCGCCAGCUGCCUAGAGGGGACUUGGGUCGUGGUCACCGGCUCCUCCAACGCCCUCUUGAUCUUCAACACGCUUUUAAUGCUGCUUGCUCCGGCAGAGGCGGAUGUCCAGCGAAGCGGCCGCUUCGGGGGUGCGCAUCUUCUGGAUGCGGUGGUGGAAGAUGGCCAGAUCAUCCAUUAUCGAACGGUGCGAUCCUCAGAAGCCUCCUGCAUCCAGAGCACUCCGACGGGCGGCCAGAACGAGACCGAGUGCAAGCGCAUUUAUGCCUCUGCCUUGCAGGAGGCUCCCCAGCCCAACGGAAAAAGGGUCCGAGUCACCAUGUUCCUGUCCUUCUUCUGGGCGAGGACCGGUACAGCGGUGGAUCUCAUCGAAGGCGAUCAGGCUUGGGCCGGUGCUGAUGUGGCGAUGGUCGUGCAGGUGGUGGCAUGGUACGUGGUCUGCAAUGGCAUCAAGUUCACAGGAUGCCCACGUAGCAACCUUAUAGACCUGGAGGAAGGAUUGGUGAAGUCCAUGUUCGUGGCAGAGAUGGGGGCCGUGCUGGAUCGAAUGACACCUUUCUGCGCGCCAGGGGGUCGUGCCGGACAUCGGGGAUGUGCUGUUGCCACGAACUCUUGGAGUGAUCCCGGUCCCACAUUGAUGGCGAUGUUCCAAGGUUACAACAGUGAGGUCGUUGAGGCCAUGCGACCACUGCGUUCGGCCACCUUCCGUUCGGUGGACAUCUUCGCGCUGGGGGGCUCCAUGCCCGGAGAGACUCUCCAGGGCCACGGAAGUCAGAUCUUGCACAUUUGGACCUGGCAGGCUUUGCUGGGAGGCUUCUGCUCGGCUGCGUCUGCCACGCCUGGAAGCCAGAUUCAGUUCCAGGGGCCCGUUUGCUGGAGACGAGACGCAAGCCUGGACUCCUGCACUGCUUACACCAGAACGGUUUUGUGGCAGUGCAUGAACAGCAUGCUCUGCAGCCACCGGCUGCUGGACAAGCCCUCCACCACCACCACUGCCAGAAGCGAGACCACGACGACAGAGGGGAAUGAGAAGGUCUUCCUUCCAGUCGAUGGGGGUGAGAACCGUGCUUGCCGUGGGCAGGCGCCGGGUGACAACAAUGCCAGUUACUACACGGUGGUGUCCGGCAUAACUUCUUUGGCGGCCUGCCAGAAUGAGUGCAUCCGCUCGCGAGCGGAGGCCUGCGUUGGCAUCGAGCACAGCGGCUCCCGCUGCGAAGUCUGGACACGAAGAGCUGGCAUUGGAGCCUCCAUUCAGCUCACCGGUUUCACGUGCCUGAGCUACGGAACUGUCACGACGACCACCACGACCAGCACCAGGAGCCUCUCCUCUCUUUUCGAGCCUGUGGACGGUGGAGUAGACCGUGCCUGCCGUGGGGCCUCCAUCGGCGACAAUGCUCCCGAAAACUAUGUGGUAGUUCCAGGUGUGCUGAACCUGGGCGAUUGUCAGUACGAGUGCAUGCAGGUGGCUACUUGUGUGGGGGUGGAGUACAGCUUGGGCAGAUGUGAAGUGUGGACCCGCCCAGAGGGUAUUCAGGCCAGCCUGGUACUGAGCGGCUUCACCUGUCAGCGUCUGAAAGCAGCCCGCCUCCGCCGCCUGGAGCAAGAGAAGCGAAAGAUCAAGCGGAAGAAGGACAUGGAGCGCCUGGAAAAGCUUGGGAUCAAGCCCAAGAGCAAGCAGAAGGAGGAGGAGAAGGGCAGCCUGGAGGUCGCUCCCCUGGAGGCUCCCAAGUCGAUCGUGUCCAGCGGGUUCAGCAAGCCUUCGGACCCCCGGGAGCUUGCCGAGACCAUGGCGCUGGGCUCUCUGCUCGUGGAGUCCAAGAAGUCCAGGAUGGAGCUGCUGGAUGCAGCCUACAAUCGCUGGACCUUCGAUCCCAACGAGGCCUUGCCGGUCUGGUUCACCGAGGAGGAGGAGAAGUACAACAAGCCUGAGUUGCCCAUCUCGAAGGAGGCCAUGGCCCAGUUCCGGGCCAAGCUGCGGGAGAUCAAUGCCAGGCCUAUUCGAAAGGUCGCCGAGGCACGGGCUCGGAAGAAGCGGCGCCUGUCCAAGAAGCUCGAGAAGCUGCGAUCCACGGCCAUGGCUCUGUUUGAGACGACAGACAUGAGCGAGACAGCCAAGGCGCGACAGAUGCGGAAGGCGGUGAACAAGCUCGCGAAGCAGGACCAGCGAAAGGUCACGACGGUGGCCAUCAAGAAGGGAGGAGGAGGACACCGCCUUGACAAGAAGGCACCGAAGGGUGCCAAGGUGAAGGUGGUGGACAGGAGGAUGAAAGCAGAUCUUCGUGGCCAGAAGAAGGCGCAGAAGAGGAAUCCUGGCCGAUUCAAGUUGCAGCAGCGGAAGAUGCAGCAGAAGAUCAACAAAGGGAAGAGGAGAGGCAAGGGGGACAAGGGCGACAAGAAAGGCAAGCGCCAGCGUACGGGUGGAGCUGAGUAG